AUGGCAGGCCUCAAGACCAUCAUCGCUCUUUCCUUCGUACUCGUUGCAACCUACGUUAUCGCUCCCGUCCCCAACUGGAUCUGCUCACGCGCCCAAUCCUCGGAUGAUUUCAUGGAUGGAGGCAGCAACGCUGUCGUCGAGCUUGGUCGCUUCGUCACCGGCUUCCUGGUUGUUAUGGGUGUUGGUAUGUCACUCUCCUAUAAGCCCCAAGACCUACAUAUCCGAGAUGCUUAUAUCAGUCCGCCAGCCCUACCUAUUGUCCUCGCCCACACUGGCCAGAUCAACGUUCCCGCUGCCGCCAUGUCGAUAGCAGGUGGUCUUCUCAUCUACUCGACCAUCAUCAGCUUCUCACUUUCCUUCCGUGAAGACGAAGAGUUCUAG